AAAGGUUGACAACACCUCCCAACCAUAGUCGACGUCUGUUAUCCUUGUCUGAUGUCUUAAAAACUGUCUACACCUGCGUGGCGCCGUUAGUAGGACCGAAGAACUCUCUAAUGACCAGUUGACAACGGCUGUGACGAAUCAUCUGCAUAUGUUUGUCGGUAGAUGAGUGUAAAAAUGAAUUAAGCCAUUCUCUCGAUCUCUUGUUAAGUGAAAGAAAAAAAUGGAUUCUUCGAGGAGUUUUUGGGUCCAGAACUGCCGAUCUGGACGUCGUGGGAUGUGUUUUACAGUUGUAUUACUGGGUAUUAUCGUAGGAUCAACGUUAUUAGCAUAUGCCGCAUUCGCGCCGAAGAAGAAUCAUCAUUCUAUUCAACAGAUUGCCAUAAUAUUCCGACAUGGAGCUAGGAAUCCUACGGAAACAUAUCAAAAGGAUCCGCACAUUGAUCAUAAAUGGCCGGAUGGUUGGGGGGCCCUAACAAAGGAAGGAAUGCUUCAGCUGUAUCAGCAGGGCAAGUGGCUUAGGGACCAAUAUGAAUUUGUGAUUGGAAACAAGUAUUACUCAAAAACAACUCUAGUACGGAGUAGCUACGCAGAGAGAUGUAUUAUGUCCGCCCAGGCGCUUCUAGCUGCCUUAUUUCGGCCCCAGCCUGAGGAUUACUUCAUUCCCGAUCUACCGUGGCGACCUGUGCCUGUAACCGCGAUCCCAAGAGAUCAGGACAAACUCAUAACGGUGAAACAUGUUUGCCCUAAACUAGAUGAAGCGUUGAAGGAAGCGUAUGUAAAUGAAUCGAGGAAAUCAGGAACAGCAAUGGCACCUUAUUACGCCGCAUUAUCGUACCACACCGGCCAACACAUCGAGACGAUAACCGAUGUUGAAUUCCUGUAUAAUACUCUUGAAAUUGAGGCCCAGCGUGGACUUGAACUACCGGAGUGGACGAAACAAUUUUACAACGAUACAAUGCGAGAAAUAGCAGCUAGAAGUCUAGCAAUAUUCACGAGUAACACCCUACAGCGACGAUUGCGAGGAGGCCCACUACUGAAAGAGAUAUUGGAUAACAUGAUGCGAGCGCGAAAUGACCAGCACGAGAGGAAACUGUAUCUCUAUUCCGCUCACGAUAUUACACUCGUAAAUGUAAUGCGGGCAAUGGGAUUUACAGAGGAGUUAUUCAAACCAGAUUAUGGAGCUGCUCUUAUCUUUGAGCUUGUAUUAUCUGAGGAUAUGGAGGAGGGAGAACACGAUUUGGAAGUCAAGGUGAAGUACUUAAAUAAUACAAACACAGACGAAGCAACCCCUAUCAGUAUCCCUGGAUGCAAGGAGCCAUGCAAACUCCUGAAUUUGUCGCAUGCGUGGCAGGAUGUACUUCCAACGGACUGGGAUUCUGAGUGCAAAGUUUAAUUAUUGUGUAGAAUUAUGUGGACAAAUAUUUACCUGAUAUUAUUUUUUCAUCGCUAAUUUUGCGCAGUAGUGAGGCGACGUGCUCGGAGGGUUGGGAAUGCAUGAAGUUGUUUUAUUACUUUCUUAUCCAAAUCAUUUGAACUGACUAAGUAUAGAAAUGUUAAUUAUUGCAAUGUUAUCGACGAAUUCACUGAUUUGUAUAGUUUUUACUUGAUUAUUAACUACGAUCGACGAGAUUUUCAUGAGAUGCCAAUCAAUAAACUUUUCAAUCUAUGGGAA